AUGGAGAACUUAGAUGGCUUGAGCCAGCUGGUUUCAGUUGACCUGUCCUUCAACAAGAUCUCGAAGGUCCAGGAUCUGAGCGGCACUCCAAAGCUCGAGCGGUUGAUGCUCAAGGCCAAUCCGAUCUCCAAAAUCCAGGACUUGGAAGGUCUGAAGGCAUCACGCUCCUUGCGCCAUCUCUCCUUCCAGAACGUGGACAAUUCUGAUGCUUGUCCAGUAUGCUCACUGCCAGAGUACGCCAAGAGCUUGCGAUCGCUUUGUCCCGAGCUGUUGGCCUUGGACUCGAAGCGACUACGACUACCAGACUUGGAUCGUGAGAUUCGACGGCUGGACGAACAGAACGCUGUGGACAUACCCGAGCCACGGCCAUGGUUCUCGGCCGAGGAGCUGGACCUGGGUGAGAUGCAAACAUCGGAGGUCAUCGAGGAGGCGCUGAAGGAUCGCAUAGGAGAGUUCGAGGCAGCCAUGGCCGACUGCAAGCAAGUGUUCAGAGAGGCCUACAGUGCCGACCGCCGCCAGCAGGAUGCAGAAGCUGCUCAAGCAGUGCGGGAGAGGCAGUCUGUCUGGCAGCUGCGGUGCAAGUUAGACCAGUCGCGCCGCGAGGCUCGACUAGUUGCUCGCGCUCUGCAGCAUCAGUAUGCAGACGUGAAGAGGCUGGAGGCCGCAACACGACAAGAGUCUCAAUACGCGGCCCAGUUGGAGUCCAAGGCAGCGCAGCUGUUAGCAAGCAGCCCGGCUGUCGAGCUUCGCUUCCAAGGCGAAGGAGAGCUGGAAAGCCUGCACGACGAGAAUCGCUGCCUACUAAGAGAUAUCCGAGGUUUGCGGCAGUCUGAGAAGGAGCGGCGUGGAGAAGCACUGCGACUCCUUGAGACUGCCGAGGACUGCGCAGCAGUUGCAGAGGUUCCGGUGGAUCUGCUGGGUGCAGUUGGAUGGGGCCAGCUGGAGGUGCAGGAGGCGCAGCUGAGUCUUGCCCGUACCAGCGCGGCGAGGUCUUGUGCUGCCGAGGAGCACGAUUCCCUUCUUUGGGCUUUGCACUCAACUCGCCAAGAGCAUCGUGUGAAGGUGGCACAGCUCGCGACAGACGAAUCGGCUGCACUGUCCGCCAGCGCAGAACGCCGGCACUUCACGGCUGAGAUCGCAGCCUGCUGCGAGGCGGCGGUGUUCCUUCGAAACGAAUACAACGAGCUGCAGGCUGAGUCGGCUCGUGAGCAGGAAGAUGAGAAGGCAUGCAGCAUCGAGCUCCCGGAGCUUGAGUCAAGACAAGAGACAUGCUCUCGGGACUUGCUUACAGAGUCCUUUCUCCUCAACCAGAGCCGCGAAGCAGCGCAGAGCCUUCGAGGACAAGUGGGGCAGAUCGAUGCCGCAUUGAGCUCUGCAGCUGCCAGACGCCGCGGUCUGGUGGCGGAAGAGUGGCGUGGAGACGCACUGCAGGCUGCUGGGCUGCGAGAGCUCGAGGUGCAAACCAGCGAACUGCAGAGUGUUGCAGCGCUGAACCUGAAGCAGAUUCGGGAAAGCCGGACCCUCUAA